UUCUCUCUGCUUUUUCUAAGCAACAGAAAAAAGAAAAAAGAAAAAAAAAAAGCAAAUGCUCUUUUUGAAUCUGAGGCUGUGUUUGGCUGCUUAAUAAGAAGCAGAAGCAGUUCUAAGUAAUCGAAAUUCUACUGCCUGAGCUAAGCUACUGUUAGAAGUGGAUUUUUUUUACAUUUUUUAGUUCACUUUUCUCAGUGGCCAGUGAGUACAUGCUGUAAGUGGGGAAUUUUUUUUCAAUUUUGAUGACCUAAAAUUGAUGUGAUGUUGAUGCUGGCUGCUGCUUUGAGCAGAAGUCGAAAAAUUCGGAUUACUAUUUUUGUUUGUUUUUGUGGGAUAAAGAAGUUUGAUUUAGUUAUUGCUGGGAAUGCUAGAUUUUUAAUGUGUUAGUGAGAUUUUAUAUGUGAUGGGACCUUACGAUUCUGAUGCUUUGAUGCUUUUUUUUUUUUUUUUUAAAUUUAUUUUUCUAGAGUAAUGUAAUGCUGGUAUUGGGGCUAUUGGGUGGUUUUCUCUUUAUGCUUGAAUGGAUUGUUCGAAAGCAAUGGCGUUUGGAAUAUUUGCAACUCAUCGAAUGUGGUCGUUCUUUGAAACUGUCAUCAGUGUUGUUUUUUCACAUAAUGAAUCUUUUUUGCUUCUUUUCAUUUUUGCUUUGUUGGUGGGUUUUAGACUUUUUUUUCAUUUUGUCUUUGUUUAACGGUUGCAGUGGAUGCAAGUACUUCAAAAACAUUUCCAUUUGUGUAUUAUGUAGAAUAAGGAAUAAAUGCACCAUCAAGAAGGAAUAGGAAGUCUAGAAAGAUAGUGGGUCAUGGUGCUGACAACAGUCGCGAUUGUCAGGUGUUUUUAUGAAGGACGUGGCCCUUCAUUGUGCUUAUUGUGAUUACUGAUGAUUGUGCUUGUUCAAAGCAUUUUGCAAUAUCUUGAGUUAUAUGGGCAGAACCUUCUCCAACUACCGGGUCCUUUUUGAAUCCUAAAAUGGUCUAUGGGACUGCGAAUUCUACAUAUUCAGCAACCAUGGUUUGCUCUGAUGAAAGAAAUUCUGGAAGCUUUGAGUUUAAGCCCCAUUCUAGAUUGAAUAUGGUUACUAUGGAUUAUGACCACCAGAGCAAUGAGCAGGCUGUGCAAGUCCAAGGUCAAGGUCAGUCUCAAUCACAUGCGUCACCACCUUUGGUUAAGAGUGAGAUGGCAGGCUCCUCAAAUCAAUCAGGAUUACCAGCUCCUGUUCAUAUGGUCUCGUCAGGAGCUAGUGCACCUGUUGAAGGUGAUGCGGAUGAUAUAAGUCAGAGGGCAAAUCCAAAUUCUGGUGUCCAAACAUCACAGUUUGAUCAUAAAGGAAGUGGGCCUUCAGUAUCUUCUGAUGAUGGCUAUAACUGGCGAAAAUAUGGACAAAAGCAUGUUAAAGGAAGUGAAUUUCCUCGCAGUUAUUACAAAUGCACACAUCCCAACUGUGAAGUGAAGAAACUGUUUGAGCGAUCUCAUGAGGGACAUAUAACAGAGAUUAUCUACAAGGGUACACAUGAUCACCCUAAGCCUCAACCUAGUCGACGAUAUAAUACCGGUGCUAUGAUGAAUGUCCAGGAAGAAAGAUCUGACAAGGCUUUAUCUUUGACUGGCCGAGAUGACAAGUCAUCCAGUAUGUAUGGGCAAAUGUCUUGUACCAAUGAGCCAAAUAGUACUCCGGAGCUAUCCCCUGUCAGAGGAAAUGAUGGUAGUGUUGAAGGAACUGGCUCACUAUCAACUAGAAUACUCGAUGAGGUCGAUGAUGAUGACCCAUUCUCUAAAAGGAGGAGGAUGGAUGUUGGUGGAAUUGAUGUUACACCAGUUGUUAAGCCUAUUCGGGAACCACGAGUUGUUGUUCAAACUCUGAGUGAGGUUGAUAUAUUGGAUGAUGGAUACCGCUGGCGCAAAUAUGGUCAGAAAGUUGUGAGGGGAAAUCCUAAUCCAAGGAGCUAUUACAAGUGCACAAAUGCGGGAUGCCCUGUUAGGAAGCAUGUGGAGAGGGCAUCCCAUGAUCCAAAAGCAGUUAUAACUACAUAUGAGGGAAAACAUAAUCAUGAUGUCCCAACCGCAAGGACUAGUAGCCAUGACACUUCGGGACCAACACCCGUGAAUGCCCCUUCGAGGAUUAGAACAGAGGAAAAUGACACCAUAAGCCUUGAUCUUGGUGUUGGAAUGAGCUCUGCUGCUGAAAAUAGAUCCAACAAUCACCUGCGAUUGCACUCUGAACUAGCAGAAAGACAAACUCACCCUAGUUCCAAUUUUAAGGCUGUUCAAACUACCCCUGCUCCGUCAUACUAUGGUGUUUUAAAUAGUGGCAUGAAUCAGUAUGGAUCUAGAGAAAAUCCAAGUGAAUCACGUAGCAUCGAGAUUCCACCUUUAAACCAUUCUUCUUACCCAUAUCCACAGAACAUGGGAAGAGUACUAACGGGGCCAUAGAAUUGCUUAAGAUAAAGCCAGGAAAAAUAAGCUGCUUUCCCCCUUCUUUUUGGAUGGGCAAUGGUCAGAAGGGCAUCUCAAUUCCCAAAUUGAAAGAUCGUAUUGGUCUUCUGUGUCUAUUUCAAAGAUGUGGUAUUAGGUGCCUGCUGCGAAAUGACUUCCCUGUCCAGGUAAUGAAUGUGUAGCAUUAACUUGUAAGGGAAUACUAUGUACAAAUAGGAAUUGAUACCGAGAUUAUAUUGAGUCUCUGACUGCCUGUUGUAAUUCAGAUGCUGAAAAUUAUAUUUAUAAGAAAAUUUUGUUUCUUCUAGCCUUUUUGAGGUGGUGUAAA